CCUCUGCGCGGUCCCGUGCUUAAAUGGACAAUUUUAGGCCUCAGUGGCACGUCCCUGUUCGGCGCCUCUGGCAAGAUGCCACAAAAAGCUUGGGGGAGAAGCAAAGCGUAGAGGAGAGCUGAGACAUGGAGCGAGCCGUGAAAGAAGGGGGAGGGAACAGAGAGAGAGAGAGAGAGAGAGAGAGAUUAGCAGAUGAACGCAGAGUAUAACUUUGAGGGCUCACAGGAAGAGGCAGGGCAGGAAGAACUUUUGGCCGCUUUCUUUUGGGCCUUUUUCACAUGUCACAGGCAUCUGUGUCUACAGAUUGAAAAAUAUGAGAGCUCGUAUCAUAUCUUUGCGGAAGGCUUGCAUUUUCAUCCAGUUCCCAACUCACUACUGAAACUUGGAAGAAGACAACGGGCAGAAAGUCGUUCCAAACUGGGCCACGGCUCUAACACCUGUUUUCCCGAAGGAUUCGCCGGAGCGCCACCAUGGGCUCCGGUGCUUGAGGCAAUCGUUCCGUCUGUUAUCUUGGAGGGCCAGGGAAGCUCUAGGAAGGAGAUGUCAUCCUACUUCCCCCGCACCAAAGACCUGACUCGUACCAGGAGGUCAGUCACCGACUCCCCGCCAUCGUCUCCAUCCCCUACAGACAAAAGCUUUCGACAUGACAGAUUGACAAGAUUCGACUCCAGCGGGGAGAAUGUGACCGACAGACUGGGCAGGACCAGUUCUUACACUCGCAGGGAGACCAGGCUAGCUUCGCUGAGCAAGCAGGAGCAAGACUCCACAAGCAAAGACUAUAAGAAGAUGUACGCAGAGGCGCUACAGGAGAAUGAGCGUUUGAAGUCCAGGUUGCAGGACAGCAAACAGGAACUGGUCCACAUUCGUUCCCAGCUGGAAAAAGUGACACAAAGACAAGACAGGAUAGCAGAGAAAUCUACUUUGCUCGAAUCUGAGAAAAAGGAAAAACAUGCCCUUGAAAAGAAAGUGUCAGGCAUGGAAGAGGAAAUGAAGCAGGACCCCCCGCCGAGGUUCCGCUGUGGGUACCAGCCCUGAGGGGAGGGGGUGGGGAUGGUCUUAACAGAGCUCAAGACGGACAACCAGAGGCUAAAGGAUGAGAACGGCGCUCUCAUUCGGGUCAUCAGCAAAUUGUCAAAAUAAAAAGGACGUCGCAACGGAAAGCUGCUUGUUUGCGGGUGUUCAACACGUUUAUCUGAGUUCUCCAGUCUCGCAAUCAGGUCAUCUACAAUCUGAUCCAAUGUUUGCGUCAAUUGGUUUACGCCAUACUGUAAUCAUAACCAGCCCUGAUUAUUUAUAAGGACCAAGCGUACAGGUUGAUGGAAAUUUGAAAAUAUUGGAUAUUCUAUUUUGAUAAGUAUUGCAUGAAGAUUCCUCGGCACAUCACAUCGUAGACUUUGGGUCACUACGCCACAAAAAAUAUAUAUGUACAGAAUAUGUUUUCUUAAUAAUAAAAAAACUAAUUGGGGUCUUGGGCUAGUCGAUAUCACAGACUGGUCGCAGAAGAAUGACUGAAAUAUCCAAGAGAUUUUCAAACACAUACUUUUAAGAUGCACUGGUCGGUCCUCAUAUUGGAAACGG